CAAACAUAAAGUGUUUUGGUAAUAAAAAAUUGUUUUGUCAAGAUGACAGGGAACGAUUGGCGGCUGCAAAGCAGAUCGGAGCGAGCGCUCUCCGUAAUUUUUUGUAUCGAAGAAUCACCCGAGCGCUUACGAAGUUCCGCUUUGUUGUCGAACGCGCCGAUAAAUACCGCGCGGCAUCUCUACUUUAACCGUCGCAGCCCGCAGGCGACACACGACCCAACACGUGCUGGAAAUCCUCGUUUGUCACGCGCCUUAUCGCAAGACGGUCGAUAAGUAGCGAAACUCGGAUAGUGUAACUGCGUCACCUGUGUCGCCCGGUUAUUACGACUGCAAUUCGAUAACCGGAAAUACAACGCGUCAGGAUGAACGAAGUCACAUUGCCACCCUCGCCAAACUGGUAUUUGAGCAACAUCCUUGCCUGCUCGAAACGCGGAACUAUAGCAUGGGGCGCGAGGAACUUCAUCGUCAUCGCCAAGCCGAAAGAGAACAAUAUUAUGCAUUACUCUAUAAUCAAGGACUACUUCAAGGACAAAGUAACCUCAUUGGCGUUUUGCCCUAAGCUCGAUGGUCCGGACGAUCCGGAGUUAAUAAUCUGCGGCGGUGAUGAUUUCAAAGUCAGGGUUUGGAACGUGGAUACGUUGGAGUUGGUAGCGGAGUUCUCUUUCGCCGAUGGAAGCAAAUUGACUGCAGGGGUUGACUGGUCAGCCAAAGAUAGUAAUCUUGCAUGUGCAGUGAGCUCCGAUGGUUUUCUCAUGUACUGUAACAUACAGUACAAGACUUUGAAAAUGGUAUCUCUGGGCAAGCUAACCGCUACGUGCUUAGCUUGCUGCCCUCACGACGCUAGUCUAGUAGCGGUAGGUACUAAAAGCGGACUAGUUUACGUUGUUCAAAAGGACAUGAUAUUGUAUAAAAUGAGGGGACACAACGAGGACAUAGUUAGCUUAUCUUGGUGCCCUUCAGACAUGAAUGUGUUGACCGGAGAGAGUAAGAGAGACUUGCUUUUAGCCUCUGGCGCAAAAGAUAGAUAUAUAUACAUUUGGAGAGCUGGUAGCGACGGUAGAUAUGAAACUGUAAUAAACCUGCCGUAUACGCCGAUCACGCCUGCCUCGCAUAAGAGCAAAGUCAACACCACGAGCGGAACUUGGAUUACGGUAUGUUGGGUGGAGCCCAAUGUGCUUCUGACCAGCUCCCUUUGGGGCGAACUUCUUUCUUGGAAUCUUUCGACAGACAAAGACAAGCCCGAGUGUAAAUUGUUCCAUUCGUACCAUAAUAGAGGAUUGUUUUCUAUAGCUGCCGCACCCGAAUACUGCGCGACGGCUCACGAGUCAGAGAGAGAAUCCGAGCUCAAAGUCUGGUCUUUGGCGCAAGAUCGCUGGGUUAUAUGUUGCAAACGCCAAAGCGAUCUCGAGAGGUCGGUGACGUUGGAGUACAAGAUUCCUACACAGGGAGGAUUCGUCUACUGCCUGAGCGCUUGUCCCAUCGAUACCUCGCGCAUCGCAUUCGGCGUAGGAGACACGAUGCUGCGUGUGUGGAACAUGUCUGAUCAACACACAACGACAUUCGACCUCUUCAUGCAUUGGCAGAAGAUAAAGGGAAAAAUAAGAGCGAUAUCAUGGUUCCCGGAGAGCGAAUGCGUUCUCGCUUUUGGUACUGGAGAGGGUCGCGUUGGUGUGUUCGAUGCAGUCGGAACUAACAAACCACCUACACUGUACAGACAAUAUCAUAGAAAUACCAUUUACAAACUCGAAUGGGCUCAACUUAAAUCAGAAUAUUUUUUGUUCUCCUGCGCGGAGGGGGAGUUAAUAGCGUACAAAAAAUCCGCGCCGAACGAUGAACCUAUGUCUAUAAUAAAGAAAGGAUGUUUGGAAUUUUCUUGGAAGUCCAAUUUGUGCUUAGCAGUUGCGUUAGAUAUCGGGUCAAUUUUGUUCUACGAUCAGAAGUUCAGAAAACGCGGCAACUCGAUACACAUUUUAAGGAAUGUGGUGAACUGCCUGGCGUGGCAUCCCGAAAGUACAAUGGCAGACAAAUGGACAUCGCCGAUUGCCAACUACUUGGCAGUUGCCUCUGAUUCGUCUAGCAUAAUGAUAUUCGAUAUGUCAAAGCUGAUAAAGGAACUGGAAGAGACGGGUACCGAGGACGAAAUAAAAAACGAUGAGGACUGCACGAUGCACAAGAGAGUAGCAACAUUAAACGGACACUCCGAAAAAGUGGUGUGCUUAGCUUGGAGUCCGCAUUUCAGUGGGCACCUAGUGUCCGGUAGCUACGACAACAUGGCACAGGUGUGGAACGUUGAAAAGCAGGAGUUAAUGGGCACGUACAUGGGUCACGAUGGACCUGUGCUAUGCUGUAUGUGGAGUCCUCUCAAACCGCAGUUUAUAAUGACCGGCUCGUCGGACUUCACGCUACACGUGUGGAAUUAUACCUUACCCGCGCAAUCGCCGAAGCAACUUUCCGACAUUAAAGCCAUGAAGAAGAAACAAAAGCAACAGAAAAAAUCGUCGAAAAAUAAAACGGACGAUCAAGAGAGUAAUGUGACCGCGUCAACGAGUCCCGUUAGUCAACCUGCCGAAAUAGCUAACCCAAAAGUUCAAGUGUCGCAACCAAAGAAGAAAGAAAGAAAAUCAUACUUUAAUAAAUACAACAAACUAAUAAACGAUAAGUCUCAAAUCCUGAAUUUCAUCAAACUUGAUAUAAAAAGUAACAAGACUGAGGAAGAUGACACUGCUACAAAAUCAUCAUUGUUUUGCGAAAAGAAAGAUAACUUUUUGAAACUCAUUUCUAAUGAAAAGGCCGGACAGGACAAUUCAGAUGCUGUUACUGAGUUGAAUAUGUGGACUGAUGAUUUGAAAAACAGUUUAACUUGUGCAGUCAAAGAUCAACAAUUAAAUGACUUUUUAGUAUCACUCGCGCCUAAUGUUUCCUUAAAAAUGUGGAGAGAAAUGUGCGAGGCGUAUGCGCAUCAAUUAAUAACGCAACACAAUCCGGAAAAAGCGGUGUCAUAUUUGCUAAGCAUACACAAGAUUUACGAAGCCAUAGACGUAUUUUUAAAUGCCAAGAUGUUCAAGGAGGCUUAUGCGCUCGCCAGAUGUAAACUGGAUGCUGAUGAUACGUUCCUAAAUAAAAUAUUAGAAUCUUGGGCGGAAUGGGCCGCUUAUAAAGGUCAAUUGGAGCAGGCAGCUCAUUGUCUCGUAAAAUUAGGACACUUUGACAAGGCAGCAAAGGUUCUUUCUCAUCGGAAAAACUUACACUGUUUGGAAAUAGCGUCAGAAUUGGCGUUUUUAAGCGGUGACGAGGGAUUCGGUACGUCCUUAGCUGUGGACGCGAUGACGCGCGCACUCAUGAAAUCCGACUGGUCGAAAGCGCGUUCCCUUAUCGCGGACAUCCGACAAGUUCAGUAUCUGAACGUGCAUAUAGAUGCCCACGAGACAAUCGUGGACACAUACUCAAACCAGACUGAGUUCGACAUGAUAAAGACGUGGUUGGAAGAGAAGGAAAAUAAUGGUAUGCUACGUGCUCUCGAGGAAAAAUACGGCACUUGUUAUUACGAUAUCAUGCGCAAGAAAGACGAUACCAACAUUAUUUUAAGAAAUGCAACCUCGACGACGAACGAUAACGUGAUGCAAAUAAAUAUUAGUUAUCAAAUUGCCAUGGCGGCCACGUGCGACGCGAAGGAGACUCGAUUGAAACAUUUGGCAACGGCAUUAGACAGCAUAUUCGAAUUCGAAAACACGACAGCGAAAUUCGGGGCGACGAUAAAGGAAGGAUUCUUCACGCAUGUUCUCACGAAAUUGGACACCAAGAAGCCGACGGACGGGGACAGCGUUUACGCGAAGAGCGAGUAUCCGGUGUCGCAGAGUAUACGCGCUUACUUAUGCAUCGGUCUCCUGAAUUGGUUGGAGAAAUAUUUGGAAAAGCUGUCGGACGAAGAAGAAACGCAGAUUACGCAGUUGAUAUCGGAUUUGCUAGACGAUACUAUAAACGAAGCAAACCUGUCUCAUCAGAAUAAUAUUUCUAAACAUAAUAAACUGGAGGACCGACUUAUGAGUCUUGCGGCGGAAACAGAAGAGGAAAUCGAAAAUGAUGAAAGAUACACGAGUAUCCAGGAAGAAGCGGAGAAACUCAAACACGAUGUAAAUAAAUUCAACGAAGAACGAAUACAUGUACCGCCUCCCGAUGUCGUUUUUCACAAAGCUAAUUUAGUUGCUAACAAAUUGAGAGAUAGUAACAAAUUCCAGCUUUUACAAUUCUUAGAUAAAUCGCUUAAGGAGAUGAAGGCGUUUGAGUUAGAAAAAAAUACGCAAUCGGAAAAUGUCUCGCUAUAAAUGUAUUUAGAAAUAGAUGGAAGUUUAAAAGAAUCUGAAAGUUUUUAUAUCAUUAUAAAUGAUAAGCUAUGCAUCAUAAAUUACUUCUAUAUAUCGUUCAUGUAAGCCUUAUAAAGUGCAUUAUAAAAAUACAUUUUUUUUUCUAUGCAA